GUGACGGAAGGAGGGUGGGGAAAGAGGCAGAAGCGUCCACGCCUUCCGAUCCGGAAGCCCUAUCCAAACCGUCCUUCAGCCCACCCUUGAGGUCGCGGAAGUAUCGGGCUCGUGUUCUGCCCAACUUUUCUUUGCCUGCAGCUCGUAUUCUUCCAGCCGUCACCAGUGUUAACAGGCAAGACGGGUGGUGUUUGUUUUACCCUGAGACUAUGGUGAUCAAAAUCAGCAUUCCUUUAUUUUUCUUUUAGAACAGAUUUUGUUUAAAAGACAAACGCUGCCUUUGACAAACGCUACAUUGGCUAUUGACUUUGAGAAAUAAUUUGUCAGAGUAUCCGCUCUAUAACAACAAGGCUUGUGAUAUAAAGGACCUUCCUCUAGCAGCAUAGUAUGGCCAAGCGAGUUGCAGUGAUCGGGGCUGGUGUGAGUGGCCUCUCCUCCAUCAAGUGCUGCUUGGACGAGGACCUGGAGCCCACCUGCUUUGAGAGGCGCGAUGACAUCGGGGGACUAUGGAAGUUUUCUGAAACUUCCAAAGAUGGGAUGACCAGGGCCUACAGGUCACUAGUGACAAAUAUCUGCAAAGAAAUGUCAUGUUACAGUGACUUCCCCUUCCGAGAAGAUUAUCCCAAUUACAUGAACCAUGAGAAGUUUUGGAACUAUCUCCAAGAAUUUGCUGAGCACUUUGACCUUCUGAAAUACAUUCGGUUUAGGACCACGGUGUGCAGUGUCACGAAGCGUCCAGACUUUUCCGAAACUGGUCAGUGGGACGUUGUCACAGAGACAGAGGGAAAGCGUGACACAGGGGUCUUUGACGCUGUAAUGGUUUGCACUGGACACUUCCUGAACUCCCAUUUACCUCUGGAGUCCUUUCCUGGAAUCUGUAAGUUUCAAGGCCAGAUCCUGCACAGUCAAGAAUAUAGGACCCCAGAAGGCUUUGAGGGCAAGCGCAUCCUAGUGAUCGGUCUUGGGAACUCUGGAGGAGACAUCGCCGUGGAGCUCGGACGAAGGGCAGCUCAGGUACUUCUCAGUACUAGAUCUGGUGCCUGGGUUAUCUUCCGUUAUACAGAUGGGGGCUAUCCAGUUCAAAUGAUGAUUACAAGAUACCGUCACUUUAUUGCUCAAAUUUUGCCUUCACGUGUGCAAAACUGGAUUGAAGCGAGGCGGCUGAAUAAAAGAUUUAACCAUGAGAAUUAUGGAUUAAGUCUUACAAAGGGGAGCAAGUGGAAAAGGGUUACGAACGAUGAGCUGCCCACCUCUAUCCUCUGCGGGGCCGUCACCAUGAAAACCAGCGUGAAGGAGUUUACGGAAACGUCCGCUGUCUUUGACGAUGGCACAGUGGAAGAAAACAUCGAUGUGGUGAUCUUCACGACAGGGUACACGCCUUCCUUCCCCUUUUUUGAAGAACCUCUCAAAAGCCUUUGUACGCAGAAGAGGUUUAUGUACAAAUUCGUCUUUCCCUCGAACCUUGAGAGGGCCACACUAGCUAUCAUCGGCUUCCUCUCCUUGAAAGGGGCCAUCUUAACAGCUACGGAGCUCCAGGCACGAUGGACCACGAGAGUGUUCAAAGGACUCUGUAAGAUACCUCCAUCCCAAAAGCUGAUGGCUGAGUUUACCAAAAAGGAGCAGCUCAUAAAAAGGAAAGUGAUGGAAGACGUUGGCAAGGAAAAAGCUGACUACAUCUCCUACAUGGACGACCUCGCCUCGCACACCGGCACGAAGCCCAACAUUCUGCUCCUGUUCCUCCGGGACCCCAGACUAGCCUGGGAAGUUUUCUUUGGACCAUGUACUUCAUACCAGUACCGCCUAAUGGGUCCUGGGAAAUGGGAUGGAGCCAGAAAUGCCAUCUUGACCCAGUGGGACAGGACACUGAAACCCUUAAAAACUCGAUUCGUUCCUGAUUCCCCCAAGUCUGCCUCUCUGUCACAUUACUUAAAAGUUUGGGGAGUGCCUGUCCUACUUGCCUCUCUUCUACUGAUCUGCAAAUCUUCACCUUUUUUGAAAUCAGUGCGAGGUAAACCGUAAGAUAGAAUUUCCCCUUGCCUAAUCAGUCUUUGGUGAGGAUGAGUCUGUUUGGUUACGACAGUACCAAGUCCUAUUAAUUCUAUCUCCAAAUAUCUUGUGCAUCCUUCCUCUCUUUUCCAUCAUAAUUGCUGUUAUCCAAGUUGAUUCGAUCAUCUCUUAUGGGAAUUAUUAUUCUGUCUUCCUCUCUAGCGUCAGUACCUUUCCCAUCCACAGUCUACCUGGUAAUUAUUCUAAUACACAUACACACACACACACGCACGCAGUCAUUGUUUCCGUAAACAUCAAUAUCCCGGUAGGAAUAAGAUGGCACUCGAAUUAGGUAAAUUGUGGAAAUUUUAACAUAGAGACUAUUUCAAAAGGUAUGGGCAAAUGUAGAGAAAUAACGGGGAUAAAGAAUAUUCCCAGACUAGUAACAAUGCCAGUCCACUAACAGCUAAUUUUAUAAGUAAAAGACAACCCAGGUGGCAAUUAGAGUAAAUACAGCUAACAAUACAGCAACCGUACAACCUAGUGUUCUGCUCGAAAGCACUAACUCUAAAAUUCAACCUGGAUGAUAAGCCUAGCUCUGUCAUUAGCUGUGAGGCCUUGGCCAACUUAGCCUCUCUGAGCCUCAUCCACAAAACGAGAAAGGUAAUAAUAGUACCUCCCUUAAAAGUGAACUUUAAAUGAGACAAUAUAAGGUAUUAGGUACAUAGUAAAUCAACCGUUAAUAACCGAAGAGUCUGAGGACAUUUUCGAUUUUCUGAAUUAAAAGAUUUGAAAACCGUCA